AUGCUGCGAGUCUCAUAUACUACUCUUCUAAAAGCUACUGAUGGGUUCUCUUCAGAUGAUUUGAUUGGUUCUGGUAGCUUUGGAUCUGUGUACAAAGGAGUUCUUGAUGAUCCUGAUAGGUCACCUCAAUUUGUUGCCAUUAGAGUUUUUAACCUGUCACACCAAGGAGCUUCUAAGAGCUUCCUAGCUGAAUGUGAGGCGCUAAGAAAUAUCAGGCAUCGAAAUCUUGUCAAGAUUAUAACCGCGUGUUCAAGUGUUGAUUUUCGCGGUAAUGAUUUCAAGGCUUUUGUUUACGAGUUCAUGGAAAACGGAAGCUUAGAGGAGUGGCUGCAUCCAACUUCACCCAAGAAUUUGAGUCUUGUUCAGAGGCUGGACAUUGUCAUGGAUGUUGCUUGUGCUCUGGAUUAUCUUCAUAAUCAUUGUGAGACACAAAUAGUUCAUUGUGACCUCAAGCCAAGCAAUGUUCUUUUGGACAAGGAAUUGACUGGCCGUGUUUCUGACUUUGGACUAGCAAAAUUUCUCUCGAAACUAACCAGCAAUGUGUCCGAAAAUCAUCAAACAAGUUCCAUUGGGGUAAGAGGAUCAGUUGGCUACGCAGCUCCAGAGUAUGGCAUGGGAAGUGAGGUGUCAACUUAUGGGGAUGCCUAUAGCUUUGGGAUUCUCUUGUUAGAGAUGUUCACAGGGAAGAGACCUGCCGAGGACAUGUUUAGUGGCGGCUUCAACCUUCAUAAUUUUGCGAAGAUGGCUUUCCUAGAUAGGCGAGUUACAGAGGUUGCUGAUUCACUGCUUCUUCAAGAUGGUACCAGUGAUAGCAUAGUGAUACCUCGAAAAAUCGAAGAAUGCUUGAGUUCUAUAUUCGGAAUUGGGAUUGCGUGUUCUGCUGAAUCCCUAGCAGACCGAAAGGAUAUCGGUGAUGUUGCAUCUGAGUUGCACUUCAUUAGGGACAAGCUUCUUGUGUAGAAGCUUUUGCUACUCUAUUUUUAUUUUCCAGUUUUUAUGUGCUACAUGCGUGUACUUGAUGAUGCUAUAGUGCAUGAGGAAAUUUGCAAGUAAAUAAUCAGCAAUGAGAUGUUAGUGCAAUGGAGUGGGAGCCAUUUUGGGGUCUCAUGUUGAAGCCAUUUUUCAUAGCUGCCACCAAUAACCAAGUUGACGAAACCAAAAUUU